UUUUGGUCAUGUGUUUGCCCGGAAGGAUUUAGGGUUUUACCGCUCAGUGGCCGACUAGCACAAGAGCCAUGGAAGGUAUCGAACUGGAAGAACCUUACUUCUCCUUAGACGAAGACAAUGGGGAUUUCUGCAGCUCCAUUCUUUCUCGCUUCGGCAAUUCCACUGACGAAAGUCAUCAGCAUCUCUGCGCUGUUAUCGGCGCCAUGUCCCAGGAACUCAAAGAACAGAACCUCCCUACCACACAUGUCGCCUACUUCGGUGGCGCAUGUUCUUCCCUCGAUCGCCUUUCUUCUGAACCCGACGCCCCUAACCACAUCGUGGACGCACUGCUCACCAUUCUUUCCAUCGUCAUUUCCCGUGUUCCCGUUGCAAUAUUGAAGAAGAAAAGGGAUUUUUUGUCGCGCCUUCUGGUGCAAGUUCUUCGGUCUCCUUCGAUGGCGGAGACUUCUAUUAUUGCUGGACUGAAAUGCGUUUCGCAUCUGCUGAUAUACAGGGAUAGUCUUAUGUGGUCUGAUGUGUCUCAGCUGUUCAGUGUCUUGCUGGGAUUCGUCAUAGAUUCGCGACCGAAGGUUAGAAGGCAAUCACACUUGUGUCUUCGUGAUGUGUUACUGAGCUUCCAAAAGUCAUCAUUGCUGGUAUCUGCUAGUGAAGGAAUUACAAGCUUGUUUGAGAGGUUUCUUCUACUUGCUGGUGGAGAAAAUGCAUGUUCUGGUGAAGGACCAAAGGGAGCUCAGCAGGUUCUGUAUAUUCUUGAUUCUUUGAAAGAAUGCCUUCCGCUUAUGUCACUGAAGUGCAAGAAUAGCAUUCUUAAGUACUUCAAAACUCUCUUGGAUCUGCAUCAACCCCUUGUCACUAGGCGCAUAACCGAUGGUUUGAGUUUUCUUUGUCUUUACCCAGCAUCGGAGGUUUCCCCUGAAGCAUUACUUGAAUUACUAAAUUCACUGGCUCUUUCUAUCUCAACAAAUGAGAUGUCUGGAGAUGUAAUGACGUUCACAGCUCGCUUGCUAGAUGUUGGAAUGAAUAAAGUUUUUACUCUUAAUAGGCAAAUAUGUGUGAUCAAGCUGCCUAUUGUCUUUAAUGCUCUCAAAGAUAUUUUGUCAUCAGAACAUGAAGAGGCCAUAUAUGCAGCCACUGGUUCAUUCAAGAGCUUGAUACAUUCUUGCAUUGAUGAAAGUUUAAUUAAACAGGGAGUUGAUCAGAUAUCCUUGGCUUUGAAUGCGCACACUUCAUCAAGGAGGUCUGGUCCCACCAUCAUCGAGAAAGUUUGUGCAACUGUUGAAAGCCUGCUUGAUUAUCAUUUUGACUCUGUAUGGGACAGAGUUUUUCAAGUUGUUUCUGCUAUGUUUCAUAAAUUAGGAGAUCAGUCCACUUAUUUUAUGAGAGGAAUAGUUAAAAACCUAGCAGAUUUGCAGAAGCUACCUGAUGAAGAUUUCCCUUUUAGGAAACAGCUGCAUGAGUGCCUUGGUGCUGCUCUCGUUGCAAUGGGACCAGAAACUUUCCUUUCUCUUCUACCUUUGAAUUUGAAAGCAGAUGACUUAUCCAAUGCAAAUGUGUGGCUCUUUCCAAUUUUAAAGCAUUAUACUGUAGGGGCACGUCUAAGCUUUUUUACAGAGGAAAUUUUGAGUAUGAUUAAACAUUUAAGGCGGAGGUCUCGGCAGUUUGAGCUACAAGGGCUGAUGGUGUCAUCAAGGAAUGCAGAUGCUCUCGCACACUCUUUGUGGUCUUUGCUGCCUUCAUUUUGCAACUAUCCUUUGGACACUGCUGAAAGAUUCAUGGAUCUGGGAAGAACUUUAUGUAUCAAACUUAAAGAUGAACCUGACAUUCGUGGAAUUAUAUGCACAAGUUUGCAGCUUCUUAUUCAGCAAAACAAGAAAAUUUUGGAUGAAAAAGAUGGUAAUCAAUGUGUGGGCGGAGAUAUGGCCUGUGAGCAUGGUUUAGUCCGUUAUACAAAGCAGGUUGCAACAAGCAAUUUGAAUGUGCUGAGGUCUUCUGCUCAGGAAUUGUUAACUGCUCUGUCAAAUGUUCUUUUGAAGUCUACAAAAGAUGAUGGAGGUUGUCUGCAGCUCACAAUCGGUGAGAUUGCUUCCAUAUCAGAUCGAGAAGUGAUAUCCAUGCUCUUCAAAAGGGCAAUGCUUAAGCUUUUUAAAGUCACGGAAGAGGCCAGGAAAGCGGACAAUGCCAGUUCAAUGCACGUUGAUGAGUCAUCAAAUAAUGUGUCACCAUCAAUUGUCAGGGCAAAGCUUCUUGACUUGGCAGUUUCCCUGUUGCCUGGUUUAGACCCUACAGAUAUUGAUACGCUGUAUGGUGCUAUAAAGCCAACAUUACAGGAUGUUGAAGGCGUUGUACAGAAGAAGGGAUACAAAGUGCUUUCAGUCAUUCUCAGGGAUUCAAAUGAGUUCAUUCCGUCAAAGUUGGAGGAGCUGCUUGCUCUUAUGGUUGAAGUUCUGCCUUCAUGUCAUAUUUCCUCCAAACACCAUAGACUAAAUUGCCUUUACUUCCUAAUAAUCCAUGUUUCCAAGGAUAAUCUGGAGCAAAGGUGGCGUGAAAUUAUUUCUUCUUUCCUUACAGAAAUUGUACUUGCUCUUAAGGAGGCUAAUAAAAAAACUAGGAACAGGGCUUAUGAUAUUCUUGUUGAAAUUGGCCAUGUACUUGGAGAUGAAGAGAGAGGUGGCAAUAGAGACAAUUUAUGUGAAAUUUUCAAUGUGAUUGCUGGAGGCUUGGUUAGUGAAACUCCACAUAUGAUUAGUGCUGCAACCAAAGGCUUAGCUCGUUUGGCCUAUGAGUUCUCUGAUCUUAUUUCAACUGCUUUUAAUUUGCUUCCAUCGACUUUUCUCCUACUUCAAAGACAAAACAGAGAGAUUGUAAAGGCCAAUUUAGGUUUAUUAAAGGUGCUAGUAGCUAAAUCACAAGCAGAAUGGUUGCAACUGCACCUAAAGAGCAUGGUAGAUGGUUUGAUGAAGUGGCAAGAUAACACCAAAAGUCAUUUUAAAGCAAAGGUUAAGCUGCUUUUGGAAAUGCUUGUUAGGAAGUGUGGACUGGAGGCAGUUAAAGCUGUCAUGCCUGAAGGCCACAUGAGACUUCUUACCAACAUACGCAAGAUCAAAGAGCGUAAGGAAAGGAAACGGGGUGCUAAAACUGAGGAAACUAGAUCUUGUCUUUCAAAAGCACCUACAUCCAGGCAAAGCAUGUGGAACCAUACAAAAUUUUUUUCCGAUUUUGAUGAUGAAGAUAGUGGAGGAACUGACGAGGAAUACUUGAACACGAAGACCAUCUCCAAAGGGGGCAGGUCUUACUCACACAGUAAAUCAGCAGCAUCUUCAUACCGGUCGAAGAUGAGACGCAAGAAGAAUUUGCUUGAGCACUUGUCUGACCAAUCGGAUGAUGAGCCGCUUGAUUUACUUGAUAGGCAGAAAACGAUUUCAGCUCUUAAAUCAUCUGAGCAUCUCAAAAGGAAGUCAAGGUUUGAUGAUCAGGUUGAAGUAGAUUCUGAAGGACGCCUGAUUAUACGUGAGGAAGGGGAUCAGAUGAUGGCAAAAUCUGAUGAGCCUGAUCUUGAUACUGUGAGUGAAGCUGAUAGUCACUUGUCUGGGAAGUCAGGAACUCAGGUGAAGAAGCGCAGAAAAACAUUGGACUCUGGGUGGGCGUACACGGGGAGUGAAUAUGCCAGCAAGAAAGCAAGUGGGGAUGUGAAGAGGAAGGACAAGCUUGAGCCUUAUGCAUAUUGGCCACUUGAUCGGAAGAUGAUGAGUCGUAGGCCACAACACCGAGCUGUUGCAAGGAAAGGUAUGGCAAGUGUUGUGAAGAUGGCGAAGAAGUUUGAAGGCAAGAGUGCAUCUAGCGUGCUGUCCCCGAAGAGCUUGAAACUAAAAAGGACCAAGAAAGGCAGCAAGAAAUAGAAAAUAUAAGGAACGUCAAUUCGGUUGGCGGCGAGAUAGAUCAUUAUUUUGUGCUUUACAUUAUUCGAGUAUUGGAUUUAGGAGCUCUGGUUGUAAAGCAACUUUUGUUAUUGUGCUUUUACUAGGUUUGGUAGGGGGAAAAAGGCCGAAUUUGGAGCAGCAGUUUUGUCUACGAUCUGCUUAUUAUCGUCAUCUGUUUAGGCAUACGAUUGUGGGUUGCGGAAUGUAUAUAGGAUCAGUCUGGUUGGUUCUACAUUGGCGAAGCGGAAAUCUAAAACCAAGUGUUUUCUUCUUUCU